AGAGGGAAGGGGGAAGAGACUGGGAUCGCGGGCGAGCGCGUGGCCGGUGGAAACGGCCGUGGAACCUUUGGCAGGAGGGUGGGGCUGUGUCCUGGCGCCUCUCAUCUCACUGGGUGGCCCUUAGGCCUUUGCGGUUGCUGAUGUUGGAGGUGGGAUUUGUGUCUCCUCUUUCUUAGGGGCGACUCCUGUGCCCCAGGAAUGAAAUUCUUUUAAGCCUCUAAAAUGCAGUUUAUUAGCAUUUUACGGUUUGGCGAAAUAAUAUCCCCUUUACGGUUGCCUUGUCAUUCAAAAACGUAACUUGAUUUUGAUAUCCUCAAGAUGUCGAGGCCGAGCUUAGGGAAGGCUUGGUGAAUAAUCAGGUUUCCUGUCAAACGUAGCAUUUUACCUAUCCAGUUUAUUGCUAUAUACCUUACUCCUUUGGCCAUUUUGAGCAAAAAUCAACCUGGUAACAGAUUUACAUCCAGUAGAACAGGCAGUUGUCCCGCGGAUGCUCUAAGUUUAUAUGCUUCUACGUGUAUUGAUAGGAAGCCUUACUAUUGGAAUUACCCUAUUAUUAUUGAACCCCACUUGUGACUCCAUGAGUUGAAAUCCACUCGGUGGCAAUGAGUUUGUUUGUUUUUGGUGUGACUUAAGAGCUGUGUGUUUGUUACUUACAGUUCUUAAAACAGUUCUGUGAGGGAUGUAUCACUGUCUCCGUUUUACAGAUGUAGUUGUUGUUAGGUACCUUCGAGUUGGUUCUGACUCAUAGCAGCCUUAUGUACAACAGAAGGAAUGCUGAAACACUGCCUGGUCUUGUGCCAUCCUCACAAUUGUUACUUUUGAGCCCAUUGUUUCAGCCACUGUGUCAGUCCUCCUCGUUGAGGGUCUACCUCUCUUUCGCUGACCCUCUAUCAAGCACGAUAUCCUUCUCCAGGGACUGGUCCCUUCUGAUAACAUGUCCAAAGUACACGAGAUGAAGUCUCGCCAUCCUUGCUUCUAAGGAACAUUCUGGCUGUACUUCUUCUAAGACAGAUUUGUUUGUUCUUCUGUCAAAGAGCUAAGUAAUCUGCUCAGAGUUAAAAAGUUCAAUAAUUUGGACCUACAGUCAAGAUGUGUUGAUUUCUGCCAUUUCUUGGAGCUAUAAAUUGAAGAGAUGAAGUUAUUUUGGGGGAACAGUCUAAAGUUAGCUAAACAAUAAGAUAUUCCCCCCAAAGAAUUUAUAGAAUUGUUCAUUAGACUGUUUGAAAGACUUAUAUUGAAAGGGAGUGAGGGUGUUACUGACAUUUUUGUUGAGAUGUUGAUUGUGUUGUGUUUAAUAGAAGCCGCUACUGUUAAACACUCUUAACUGACCCUGAAAAUUUGAGAAAUGAUUUUUCCAAAGAGGCUAUUGUAGUCAAACAUUUGUAUAGUGGUUUAAGUUUGAGAAUGUUUUCAUAUGAUGUUUGAGACAUAAAAACAACCCUGCGAAGUAGGUGUGGAAGGAACUUUUUUGUGUGUGCCUUAAGUGAAAGUUUACAGUUCAAAUUAGCUUCUCAUACAAAAAUUUAUACACACAUUGUUAUGUGACCCUAGUUGCUCUCCCUAUAACGCGACAGCACACUCCUCCUUUCCACCCUGGAUUUUCUGUGUCCAUUCAAUCAGUUCCUGUCAUUUUCUGCCUUCUCAUUUUGCCUCUGGACAGGAGCUGCCCAUUUAGUCUCCUGUAUCUACUUGAGGUGAGAAUAAGAGGCACACUCUUCACAAGUACUAUUUUAUGUCUUAUAGCCCAGUCUAAUCUUUGUCUGAAGAGUUGGCUUCAGGAAUGGUUUUGGUUUUGGGCUAACAGAGAGUCUGGGGGUCAUGUCUUCCGGGGCCCCUCCAAUUUCAGUCAGACCAUUAAGUCUGGUCUUUUUACUAGAAUUUGAGUUCUGCACCCCACUUUUCUCCUGCUCCGUCAGGGACUCUCUGUUGAGUUCCCUGUCAGGACGGUCAUUGGUGGUAGCUGGGCACCAUCUAGUUCUUCUAGUCUCAGGCUGAUGGAGUCUCUGGCUUAUGUGGCCUUUUCUGUCUCUUGGGUUAAUAUUUUCCAUGUGUGUUUGGUGCGCUUUCUCCUUUGUUCCAGAUGGGUUGGGACCAGUUGAUGCAUCUUAGAUGGCUCCUUGUUAGCUUUUAUGACCCUAGACGCCACUCACCAGAGUGGGAUGCAAAACAUUUUCUUAUUAAACUUUGUUAUGCCAGUUGACCUAGAUGUCCCCUGAAAUCAUGGUCCCCAGACCCCCACCCCUGCUACUCUGUCCUUUGAAGUAUUUGGUUGUGUUCAGGAAACUUCUUAGCUUUUGGUUUAGUCCGGUUGUGCUGACUUCCCCUGUAUCGUGUGUGGUCCUUUCCUUCACCUAAGAUAAUUCGUGUCUACUAUCUAGUUAGUGAAUAUCCAUCUCCCUCCCUCCCCACCGAGGUAACCAUCACAGAAUGUUUUCUUCUGUGUUUAAACCUUUUCUUGAGUUCUUAUAAUAGUGGUCUCGUACAAUAUUUGUCCUUUUGCAACUGGCAAAUUGCACAACCUAAUACCUUCCAGAUUCAUCCAUGUUAUGAGAUGUUUCGAGGAUUCAUCAUUGUUCUUUAUCAUUGCAUAGUAUUCCAUCGUGUGAAUAUACCAUGAUUUGUUUAUCCAUUCAUCCGUUGAUGGGCACCUAGGUUGCUUCCAUCUUUUUGCUGUUGUGCACAGUGCAUAGCGGUAUAAUAGAUUCUGAAAUCAGGUAGUGUGAGGCCUCCCACUUUGUUCUUCAGUCAUGCUUUACUUAUCUGGAAGGAUUUUUUUUUUUAAAGUAUUUUACUGUGUUUUAGGUGAAAGCUUACACAGCAAAUUAGGUUUACCUUUAACAAUUUUUAUACAAAUUGUUCUGUGCCAUUUGUUACAAUUUUUACAAUGUGUCAGCAUUCUUAUUUCCAUUCUGCUUGUUCUGUUUACAUUAAUCUAGCCUCCCUUCCCCUCCCUGCCUUCUCAUCUUUGCUUUUAGGUAACUAUUGACUGUUUGGUCUCAUAUAGUUAAUUGUUUAAGGGAGCAUGUUACUCACAGGUGAUAGUGUUUAUUUUAUAAGCCAAUCUAUUAUUUGACUGAAAGGUGACCUGCAGAAAUAGCUUCAAUUCCGUAUUGAGAGGGUAUCUUAGGGCAAUAGUCUCAUAGGUUCCUCUAGUCUCUAUUAGUCCAAUAGGUCUGGCCUUUUUUUAGAAAUUUGAAUUUUGUUGUAUAUUUUUCUCCCAUUCUAUCCAGGACCUUCUAUCAUGUCCCUGGUCAGGAUGGUCAGUAGUGGUAGCUGGGUACCAUCUAGUUCUGGUCUCAGGUUAGAAGAGGUUAUGGUUCAUGUGGGUUCCUAGGCUGGUGGACUAGUUCCUUCUUUGAGCCUUUGAUUUCUUUCAUUGUUUUUUGCUGUAUAGGAGGAGAGACCAGUAGUUGUAUUUUAAAUGGCUUCUUGAAAGCUUUUAAGACCCCAGACGCCCUCACCAGUCUAGGAUGUAGAACAUUAUCUUUGUGAACUACAUUAUGCCAAUUGACUAAGUUGUGCCCCGAGACUAUGGUCCCAAGUCUUUUGACCAAGUAAACUAAUCCCACGAGUUGUUUAGAUAUGUCUAGGAAACCUCCGUAAUCGUACUCCUUAUGUGGUUUGUUGUAUAUGUGGAUACAUGUGCGGUACACACAAAUGUAUGUAUACAUAUGCCUAUGGAUGCACCUGUACAUGCAUGUGGGUUUAUUCACAUAUGCCUUCCUAUACAUGUAUAUGCACCCAUAUCUACCUCUGUAACCACACACAGUGGGUCAUAGCGAAUUAUGGGUAAUGUUGUGAAGAAUAGGAAUUCCAGAACACUUAGUUGUGCUUGUGAGGACCUGUACAUAGUAUCAAGAGGCAGUUGUUCGAAUAGAACAAGGGGUUGUGUGAUUUGAAGUCAGUAAAUGUGUGCAUCAGGGUUGUGUCCUUUCACCAUACUUACUCAUUCCGUAUGCUGAGCAAAUAAUCCGAGCAGCUGGACUAUAUGAAGAGGAACGUGGCAUAAGGAUUGGAGGGAGACUCAUUAAUAACCUGCUAUAUGGAGAUGACACAACCUUCCUUUCUGAAAGUGAAGAGGACUUGAAGCACUUACUGAUGAAGAUCAAAGGCCACAGCCUUCAGUAUGGAUUACGCCUCAACAUAAAGAAAACAAAAAUCCGCACAGCCAGACCAAUAAGCACCAUCAUGGUAAAUGGAGAAAAGAUUGAAAUUGUCAAGGAUUCCAUUUUACUUGGAUGCACAGUUAACACCCAGGGAAGCAGCAGUCAGGAAAACAAAUGAUGCAUUGCAUUGGGCAAAUCUGCAAAAGACCUCUUUAAAGUGUUGAAAAGCAAAGAUGUCACCUUGAAGACUAAGGUGCGCCUGACCCAAGCCAUGGUGUUUUCAAUCGCCUCGCCUCCUAUGCAUGCGAAAGCUGGACUAUGAAUAAGGAAGACCAAAGAAGAAUUGACGCCUUUGAAUUGUGGUGUUGGUGAAGAAUAUUGAAUACACCACGGACUGCCAAAAGAAUGAACAAAUCUGUCUCGGAAGACAUACAACCAGAAUACUCUUUGGAAGCAAGGAUGGCGAGACUGUAUCUCACAUACUUUGGACAUGUUAUCAGGAGGGAUCAGUCCCUGGAGAAAGACGUCAUGCUUGGUAAAGUAGAGGGCCAGCAAAAAAGAGGAGGACCCUCAACAAGAUGGAUUGACACAGUGGGUGCAACAAUGGGCUCAAGCACAAUAACAACUGUGAGGAUGGCACAGGACCGGGCAGUGUUUUGUUCUGUUGUGCAUAGGGUUCCUGUGAGUCAAAACCAGCUCGUCGGCACCUAAUAACAACAACCACACACAUACUUUUCAUUUUUUUUUUUUACUGUUGUUGCAAAAUAGCGUGUGUUAUAGAAUUUACUGAAAUUAUCCCUCUUUUCUCAGCUACUUCUUACUGUCUUUAUUUACCUUGGUUAAGUUGCACUGACUUAAUCCAUGGUUAGGAUUGCCUUUCCCAUCACCAAAAGUUGCAAUUACCUGCUGUCUCAAAAGCGAUUCCCGCUUCCAGUCCCUCCCAUCCCUGGUAACCAUCAAAGAACUUUGCCUUCCAUGUGUAUACCUAUUCUUGGCUUCUUGUACUAGUGAGGCUAUACAGUAUUUGUCUUUCUGUGUUUGCCUUAUUUCACUCAGCAUAAUGUCCUCCAGAGUCAUCCAUUUUAUUUUCCGUGGACGCCUCAUUGUUCUUUAUAAUUGUAUAGUAUUCCAUUGUAUUUAUGUACCACAAUUUGUUUAUCCAUUUGCCUGUUGAUGGGCACUUAGGCUGUUUUCAUCUUUUUGCUAUUGUGAGUAAUGCUACAGUGAACGUAGGUGUGCAUAUGUCUAUUCAUGUCACUGCUCUUAUAUCUCUAGGAUAUAUACGUAGGAGUGGAAUUGCUGGAUCAUAAGGUAUUUCUAGCUUUUUGAGGAAGCGCUAUAGUGUUUUCCAUAGUGGUUGUACCAUUUUACAGUUCCACCAGCAAUUCAUAUGAGUUCCGAUCCCCCCACAACCUCACCAGCAUUGUUGUUUUCUGUUUGAUCAUUGCCAUUUUUACAGGGGUGAGAUGGUAUCUCAUUGUAGUUUUGAUUUACAUCUCUGUAAUGGCUAAUGAGGGCACUGGUGGCACAGUGGCACUCUACUGCUAACCAAAUGGUUGGCAGUUUGAAUCUGCUAGCCCCUCCUUGGAAACCCUGUGGGGCAGUUCUGCUCUUUUCGAUAGGGUCGCUAUGGAAUUGACUCAAUGGCAACGGGUUUGGAAUGGCUAAUGAUCACGAGCAGCUUUCUAUGUGUUUGUUGGCCACCUGAGUGUCCUCUUUGGUGAAGUGUCUGUUCAUGUCCUUUGCCCAUUUUUUUGAUUGGAUAGUUUGUCUUUUUGUUGUUGAGUUGUUGAAGUUUUCUAUAUGUUUUAGAGAUCAGACUCUUACCAGAUAAUGUCAUUGCCAAAGGUUUUUUCACAGUCUGUAGGUCCUCUUUUUCCUCUUUUGGCAAAGUCUUUUGAUGAACAGAAGUAUUUAAUAUUUAAGAGGUCCCAGUUAUCUAAUUUAUCUUGUUGUGCAUUUUUAGGUUUGUUUGAUAGACUAUCCUGGAAAUUGGGUCCCCUAGUUUUGAUCCCAGUCCUACUGGUGGUGCAGUGGUUAAGAGCUACCGCUGCUAAUCAAAGGGUCGGAAGUUCGAAUCCACCACCCACUCCUUGGAAACACUAUGGGGUGGCUCUACUCUGUCUUGUAGGGUCUCUACGAGUUGGAAUCGACUCGAUGGCAAUGGGUUUUGUUUUGUUUUUUGGUUUAGUUUUGAUCCUUUGUUAUCUUCCAGGAACUUUACAGUUUUAGCUUUAACAUUUAUAGUUUAUAACUUUAACAUAGGAGCAGUGGUUAAAGCGCUCAGCUAACUGAAAGGUUGGGAGUUUGAACCUACCAGCCGCUCCGAGGGAGAAAUGUGGCAGUCCGCUUCCGUGAAGAUUUACAGCCUUGGAAACUCUAUGGGGGCAGUUCUGCUCUGUCCUGUCAAGUUGCUGUGAGUUGGAAUCAACCCAACUGCAGUUUUUUUUGUUUUUGUUUUUGACCCUGUGUUAUCUUCCGGGAAUUUUAUAGGUUCAGCUUUAACAUUUAGGUCUUUGAUCCAUUUUGAGUUAGUUGUUCAUGAUGUGAGGUAUGGAUCCUGAUUCAUUUUUCCGUAUAUGGAUAUCCGGUUUUGCCAGCACCAUUUGUUAAAGAGACUGCCCUACCCCCGCACCAUUGAAUGAACUUUGACCCUUUGUCAAAGAUCAGCUGCCCAUAGAUGGAUGGAUUUCUGUGUUCUCAAUUCUGUUCCAUGGUCUAGGUGUCUGUCAUUGAACCUAUACUGGCUGUUUCGAUUACUGUGGCUGUAUAGUAAGUUUUGAGACUGGGUAGUGCAAGGCCUCCUACAUUGUUCUUCAGUUAUUUUUUUUUAGCUAUUUGGGACCUCGUUCUUUUCCAUAUAAAGUUGGAGAUUAGUUUUUUCAUUUCAAUCAAGAAUAUUGUUGAGAUUUGGAUCAGGAUUGCAUUACAUCUAUAGAUCGGUUUUGGUAGUAUUGGCAUUUUCACAAUGUUAAGUUUUCCAAUCCUUAAGCAUGGGAUGUUUUUCCAUUUACGUAGAUCUCUCUUCGUUUCUUGACGUAGAGUUUUAUAGUUUUCCUUGUAUAAGUCUUUUACAUACCUAGUUAGCUUUAGUCCCAGGUAUUUUAUCCUUUUGGGGGGCUGUUGUCAAUGGUGUUGAUUUCUUGACUUCCUUUUCAGAGUCCUCCUUGUUAGUGUAGAGGAACUCAACAGAUUUUUGUGUGUUGACCUUAUAGCCUGCCGCUUUGCUGAAUCAUUCUAUUUCAGUAACUUUCUCAUGGAGUCUCUGGGAUUUUCUAUGUAUAAAAUCAUGUCACCUGCGAAUAAGGACAGUUUUACUCUUCCUUUCCAAUUUGGAUAUCUUUUGUUUUCCCUUCUUGCCUUAUUGCCCUAGCUAGAACGUCCAGUACAAUAUUGAAUAAGAGCAGUGAUAGAGGACGUCCUUGUCUCAUUCCCUUUCUCAAGGGGAAUGCUCUCAAUUUUUCUGUCUUGAGAAUAAUGUUGGCUGUUGGUUUCGCGUAUAUGCCCUUAAUUGUGUUGAGGAAUUUCCCUUCUAUUCUUAUUUUACUGGGAGUUUUUAUCAGGAAAGUGUGUUGGAUUUUAUCAAAUGCCUUUUUGGAUUGGACUGAGAUGAUCAUGUGAUUCUUUUCCUUUGUUUUAUUUAUGUGGUGAAUUAUGUUGAUUGAUUUUCUAAUGUUGAACCAUCCUUGCAUCCCUGGUAUUAAUGCCACUUGAUCAUGAUGUAUUAUUUUUUUGACGUGCUGUUGAAUUCUUUUGGGCAGAAUUUUGUUUAUUUUAGGGUCUGUCUGUAUUCAUGAGGAAUAAACCACAAACCCAUUGCCAUAGUGUUGAUUCCAUCUCAUAGCGACUCUCUAAGGACAGAGUAGAACUACCCCACAGGUUGUAAAUCUGUACAGAAGCAGACCGCCACAUCUUUCUCCUGUGGAGUGGCUGGUGGGUUCAAACUGCUGACCUUUCAGUUAGCAGCUGAGGGCUUUAAGCACUGUGCCACCAGGGGCGUUCUGUCAUUUUCUUUUUUAGUGAUAUCUUUGUCUCACUUUGGAAUCAGGGUCAUGCCGGCUUCAUGGAGUGAAUUAAAGUGUAUUCCUUCCUUUUCUAUGUACUGGAAAUAGUUUGAGUAGAAUUGGUGUCAAUUCUUUUCUGAAUGUUCGGUAGAAUUCUCCAGUGAAGCCAUCUGGGCUGUGACUUGUUUUUUUUUGGGGGGGGGGCAGUUUAUAACAUCCUCAAUUUCUUUUGUAAUGAGCUUGUUCAAAUUUGCUGCCUCCAUUUGUGUUAAUAUAAGUAGGUAGUAUGUUUCCAGAAAUUUGUCCAUUUCUUUUAGGUUUUCAAAUUUGUUGGAGUACAGUUUUUCAUAAUAUUCUGUUACGGUCCUUUUUAUCUCAGUUGGCUCAGCUGUAAUGUCACCCAUCUCAUUUUUUAUUUGGUUAUUUGCAACUUCUCAUUUUUUCUGGAAGGAAUUCUCAUUACUCCCUUUGUAGAUGAGGAACAGGCUAGUGCAAGCUUACCCAGCUAUUCAGUGGCAAAGGUAACCAUAAAACCCAGGUCUUCUAAUUCUAAGGCAAUACUCUUCCUACCUACUAUAGUUUUUGUUCUGUUUUGUCUUUUGAGAAAAUGCUUUUGACUGUGGGGUAUAGCAAGUAACAAAAAUAACAGGUAUAAGAGUAAUUAUACCUUGUACACAUUUAAAAAAAAAAAAACCAAACUGCUUGGUGUCGACUCGAUUCCGACUCUUCGCAACCCUAUAGGACAGAGUAGAACUGCCCCAUAGUUUCCAAGGCGCACCUAGUGGAUUUGAACUGCUGACUUUUUUGUUAGCAGCUGUAGCUCUUAACUGGAAACCCUGUGGCAUAGGGGUUAAGUGCUACACUGCUAACCAAAAGGUAAGCAGUUCAAAUCCACCAGGUGUUCCUUAGAAACUCUAUGGAGCAGUUCUACUCUGUCCUGUAGGGUUGCUAUGAGUUGGACUGAACUCGAUGACAACGAGUUUGGUUUUUUCGUUUUGGUAGCUCUUAACUACUACGCCACCAGGGUCUCCUACACACAUUUAGAAGCCUGCACUUUUAUAAUCGUAAAGAGUUUCAGAAAUAUCUAAUGGAGUUUUUCACUCAGUGUGGGAACUCAUUGUCAGAAGAAUUCCUAGUAAUAUUUUCUGGUAACAAGGGACACACUAUCUCAUAAAUCAGUGUAUCGUAUUUUUGGUUGGGCUCUAAUUGUUGGAAAAUGUUUAUAAAGAGUUAAAAUCUAAUUUCCCGUUUUCAUCUGUUGGUCUUAUUUUUGCCAUAGCUUUCAUACGAGCGUCCUUUAGCUCGCUGUAGUGGAAGAGCUCUGAUUUAAGAAUAAGAGCAUGUAGUGUAUUAUUCAGGACUCUUUAAGAUGCAGGUGACAGAAACCGAACUCAAAUUAGCUUAAGUGGAAAACGGAUAUGCAUGGCCCUAUGCAACCAAACUCCAGAAAGACAAAAUAGUGCUGCCCUCUGGUCAGCCAGAUCUUUGUGCGUAGCCUUCCUCAGCUAUUGUAUGGUGGCCUGAUUAUCUCAGGUUCUUUCACACUGGAGGGAUUUGUGGUUGGAGUGGGGGGAGAAUGUAGCCAUUAGCAGAUCUGUGUGCACGUGCUUACAGGUUUCUUCAAACCGAUGAAGAAAAUAAUCCUUUACCUGAAAUUGAAAAAUUCAGGGAAGCAUGUUUGAUCACAUGCCUACCCUUUGGAUCAAGAGCAUAUGGUGUUCAAAAUAGUCUUUACAGCCCUGGCCUAGCUAAUGGGGUGGGGCAAGUGUGGGGGGCAGGAUAACUGUAUUGACAGCCUCAGCACAACCAUGUAGAGUGGUUUCCUACAACCAGAGGUGUGCUGUUACCAAAACAAGGGGGAACAAAUGCCAGGUAUCUAGACAGUAGGUAAGCACUGCCGAGGGCUUGCCAGUUUAUAAGGUAUUUGACGUUGUGCAGUUUCUUCAUCUGUAAAGUGGUGAUAACAUCUGUCCUGUCUAUCUCAAAAGGCUGUUAUGAAAUUCAGAAGAGAGUGUACAUGUGAAUGUGCUUAGAAAACUGCCAAUUGCUGUACAUGUUAUAUUUGAUGAUGACAUUCAUGUUCUCAUUCGUCUUUUCAGGCCAUAAUUCCCCACUUUAUGUCUGGUAAUCAUGUAUCGUUGUUUCCAGACUCUUCACUGUUGUUACUCCUCUCUGAUGUUCUCUGGUUAAUUAAUGUCCUUCAUAUCUGUUAUGUCCAUAGAGCAGAACAUUAAUACUACUCCAUGUGUUUUCUGACCGGCUCUGCAGACAGGAGUCACCAAAAGAGAUUCUCUGAGGUGCAAAAAGAAAGACGAGAACAGGCACAACGGACCGUUUUAAUAAGCUGCCCAAAUAAAAUCAGCGAGAAAAAGUUUCUCAAAUACUUAUCCCAGCAUGGCCCUAUUAAUAACCAUUUCUUCUAUGAAAGCUAUGGUCUCCAUGCCAUUGUAGAAUUUUGCCGGAAGGAAAGUGUAUCUUCACUGCAGGAUGCCACUUACACUCCAAGCACGGGCAAAGAGACUGCAAUUCCAUUCAGAUCACGUUUCUUCAAUGUAAAGUUGAAGAAUCCAUCAACUUCUGAAAAGCCUCCUAUACAGUGUAGUAAUCAAUCGCCUCCUUCGAGCAGGAAGCUUCUUGAGUUACUUUGUUAUGCAGAAAGUAUAGAUGAUCAGCUGAACACACUCUUGAAGGCAUUCCAGAUAACAGAGGAGAACGCUAAACUCCGACAUCUUACUUGUUCUCUUAUUGAAGACAUAGCAGCUGCGUAUUUUCCAUACUGUACAGUCAGACCCUUUGGCUCGUCAGUAAAUAGUUUUGGGAAACUAGGGUGUGAUUUGGACAUGUUUUUGGAUUUAGAUGAAACUGGAAGACUCCAUGCUCAAAAGACCUCAGGAAAUUUUCUGAUGGAGUUUCAAGUGAAAAAUGUUCCUUCAGAAAGAAUUGCGACGCAGAAGAUCCUGUCUGUGUUAGGAGAGUGCCUUGACCACUUCGGCCCUGGCUGUGUGGGUGUACAAAAAAUUUUAAAUGCUCGAUGUCCGCUUGUGAGGUUCUCACACCAGGCCUCCGGAUUUCAGUGCGAUCUGUCUACUAACAAUAGGAUUGCCUUGAAAAGUUCUGAACUCCUGUAUAUCUAUGGUGCCCUGGACUCACGAGUAAGAGCCUUGGUGUUCAGUAUACGAUGCUGGGCUCGAGCACGUUCAUUAACAAGUAGCAUCCCUGGUGCUUGGAUUACAAACUUCUCUCUUACAAUGAUGGUCAUCUUUUUUCUCCAGAGAAGAUCACCCCCUGUCCUUCCAACUCUAGAUUACCUAAAAACCCUAGCAGGUACAGAAGAUAAAUGCAUAAUAGAAGGCCACAACUGUACAUUUAUUAGUGACUUGAAUAGAAUUAAACCUUCAGGAAACACAGAAACACUAGAAUUACUACUGAAGGAAUUUUUUGAAUAUUUUGGAAAUUUUGCCUUCAAUAAAAAUUCCAUAAAUAUUAGACAGGGAAGGGAACAAAACAAACCUGACUCUUCUCCUCUGCACAUUCAGAAUCCUUUUGAAACUUCUCUCAAUAUCAGCAAAAAUGUAAAUCAAAGCCAGCUGGAAAAAUUUGUAGAACUGGCUAGAGAAAGUGCCUGGGUUUUACAACAGGAAGAUCAAGAUCGUCCUUCAUCAAGCUAUCAGCCCUGGGGGCUGGCCCUUCUGGUGCUGCCAUCUGCAUCAAAUAGUAUGUCUCUCGCCAAGAAGAAAAGGAAACUGCCUCCACGUGAAAGAAUUAAAAACUUGUUAGAAUCUAUAAGAAGUGACAAUACAGAAGAUUCCAUAAACACCAGUGGGAAAAGAACAAUUAGUACUCGGGCAUAAUAGCUGCUGCUUUCCUUUGAGAACUGGUUUUUAUCAUAUACAAUGGUCUUCGGACUACCUGGACCAGCUGGUGUGAAACUUUCACAUAUCUCAGCUUUCAUCUGAUACUACUUCAUGGUAUUCUCAUUGGCCCACUUACUUGGUCUGAAGUUCUGAGAGAUGUCCCUUUUUGUGUCAGUGAUCAGUUUGAUAUCCAAGUCAGGAACUUUAUGAGAACUUGAACCACAAGGAAGGCAUGAGAGAAGAUUAGAAUGGACUUUUAGUAAGGAGAUAAACUAUACAAAGCGAAUGGUAAAAAUCAGUUUUAUAGUCAAAUCAUUGUUUGCAUCCACCUUAGUACCCUGGUUGGAAAUCAUUUGAAAGGGUUUCUAGUUUGUACACUUGUAGGCAAGGAAUACAAUAAAACUUUGAAAUUUGCUGGUACUUUAAAAUACAUAUUAUUGGAUUCCUCAAGCGAGAUACUAUUACUCACAAAUUAAAACAGGUUGAUUUCCAUAAAUAUUUGUCUUUUUAGAAGAGGUGAGUGUAGACAUUUCAGUUGCUACAUUCUAGGUAUUCUAAACCAAGUAUACAAAAAUAUUGCUACAUUGUAUUUUUAAAUAUUUAGCUCCUUUCUCUGUUUUCAAAAAUAAAGCCCUGUUUCUAGUAAAAUGUGAUAUUCCCAAUAUUUCUUCACAUCUCUUUUGAGAACUUCCCUCUCUGUAGGAAAUGGCCUGCACUGAAGUGUAAUUUCUAUUGCAUUUCCUGUGGAAUAACUUUCAGAUUAAGAAACAAAAUAGCAUAGUGCCUGGAAACAGACUCGAGCACAACUGGCUCCAUGGGAAGUUGCUCAGUCUCCCUGGGCCCCAGUUGUUUCAUCUGUAAAAUGGGAAUGAUAGUAGUGCUUACUUCACCAGAUGGUUGUGAAGGUUAAGUGAGAUACAUAGGAAAGUGGUAGGUCAAGGGCCUGGCACAUAGUCAGUGUUGCUUCUCUUUAGCUAUUGCUUUUCAGUGUUUGUGGUAUAUAAUUAUUGUUCUUGCUAUUCAAAAUUCUUUCAGAUUUAGAUUUUAUAAAAUAGUGGUAUUAAAAAUAGUGUCCCAUCCAAAUUUUAGAUCAGAAGCUAUAAUGGGCUCUGCUUGGGAUAUUUUGAGAAACUCACUUGAAUUCCGUGCCCAUUUAACUGCGCUAGUGGAUUGAUUUCAUACCUGAAACCAAUGAUCAAGUAUCAGUGUUUUUUAUACAGUGUCUCUAAAUUAAAAGCCAAUUUUCAUUUGUUUAAUUAGGGUUAUUAUAUUGUGCUAUAAAUCUGUAUUAAGAAUUAAAAUGGGGGUUUAAAAGCAUAAAUUAAAUGCUUUUAAUGAAAACAUUUCUAAUGAAAUUUUUUUUUUUUUUCCUGUUCACAGAAAUUCGAUGGGAUAUUUUUUAGGUUGCUGUUAAGUCCGAAAUGGUCAUUUAAGCACAUAAAGCAUGUAUAUGUGUGUUAGCUUUCUUUUUUUCUUGUAUUUUAUAGGACAACUUUGACUUUGUAAGCCUUUUGUACUUUUCAGAAUGAUGAGGUUUAAUCAUGUGAUGGGUUUUGAUUUCUAGUGAUCUGAUUUUUAACAUGCAGUUUUAAGUUCUAGUUAACUGAAUAUAGACUACAAAUUGAGUGUUUCUCAUCCCAGAUUUCUUAAAUGUAUUUUUUAUUACAUGAUAGACAUACUCAGCAAUCAUUUCUUAAUGCUGUUUUUUAGGGGGCCUGGUAGGUCUUGAAGGGAUGGAAGGAAAGGUACAGAAGUUUAUCGUUCUGGUAAAAAGGGACAGCAUAAAUAGGAAGCAAGUUGGGAGAACUGCAAGUCCACAUUGGCUGGGCUGUAGUGCUCACUGGAGCACACACCACGUACGAGUCAAGUUAGAGCGAGAUGGAGGAGGACUGGCAGUGGCAGGCAGAGGAGAUUGAGUAUAUUUUCAGUGGUAAAUCAUCAAAGGCUAUUGUGCAAGAAUAAUAGCAGUGCUUCCAGGCGAUUAAGUGAUGAUACGAGUUGUUUUAGAUCACUGCUCCUUUUAUCAAGUAAGAGUGCCAUAAAGCCCCGAGUUAUGUUAGAUAAAAUUUGGCUGUUAAAAUUUCCACAAAGGUCCAGAAGGUGACACAAUAUACCUCAGAAGAGCCUUCCUUCUUAAUAUUUAACAAAGAAAUAAAAUUUAAGUGGUUUAAAGCUAUCAACAGGAGACACCAGUUAUGGCUUAACAUACAAUUUUACGUAAAGCUGUUUUGAUGAGAAUUUUUUUUGCCAUAUAUACUUGGAAAGGAAUAAAAACAUGACCAGAAAUCAAUUUUGCCCUGGGAUGACGUUCAAAAAAAUUUUAAAAAAUGCUUGAAAGGCUUGUUUCGAUUUUCAUGCUGAGUUCAAUUACUGUGGAUACAGAUUCCAAAGAAUAUAAACAUUACAACUUUCCUCUGGGAUUCCCAUGGAGCAACUCCCAGAAAAUGUCUAUUUUAAAUAGAAUCUUUUAUCUAUAGUAUCUAUGAUACAGGAUACAUGAAAUUAAUAAGAAAAUACACUAUAAGAAAUACAAAAUUAAUUAGAAAUAAUAAGAAAUACACUGCAUUUUAAAUGUGAAUCUUCAUAUUUUAUGUCGUGUGUGUCCAUCCACCUUGAAGUACCCGUUGUGUGUGUGUCCAUCCAUCUUGAAGUACCCUCUGUGUGUGUGUGUCUCCAUCCACCUUGAAUUACCAGUGGAGCACUAAAUUUGAGGCAGUAUUUAUUUUUCUAAGAUGACUAUAUUUAAACUUUUUUUUUUCACAGCAAAGUUACUAAGCAUUUAGAAUUUUGUGCCGAGACAAAUUUUAAAGAGAGUAUUGGAAAGAUACAGCUUGAAGCAGUAAAUAUUAUGACACUAUGAAAGAGUUAGCUUGGUGAGAUACCUAAUUUGGAAGAGACCAAGUCUAAAUUAGUGAAAAACAGGAAAUGUGAAUUGUUGUUUUUGUCUGGGUGUAUUUUGAAUUAUGGUACAUUGGAAACAUUGUAAUGAAUGCUGUCAAAUAAAAUACAGAAAAUUAAUGAAAAAACUAUAAAUUAAGUACACACCAUGUUCUCUGUCACCAAAAUUCUUUAACAUUUAAAGGUUGUUACAGUGUAACUCUCAAGUUCCUGAAGUUUUUCUGUUAUACAGUUACUGGCACAUUAGUGCAGCCUUUUUUUUAAUGAUUAGAGUUUUAAUUAACUUUUUAAGGUUUAUUUACACAUGGACUUGGAGAGUAGAGUGAAAUCGCAUUUUUGUUUUAUUUCAAGUUCAAAGCUCUUCAUUCAUUCACCAUUUAACAAGUAGUUAUUGAACAAUGCCUGAGUGCCAGGCACUGUGCCAAAUGCUGGUGAACUCAAAAGACUCAGCUCUUGCUCUCAAGAAAUUUAACUAUGUGAAGGGUAGAAGGGAAGUAUAUAUAUGUUAGAUGUCUAUUAGAUGUACUUGACAGAGUGCUUUCUGCUCCAAGUAACAGAAUAACCAAGUCAAAGUGGUUUAGGGAAUAAGAGUCAUGUUAUAGCACACGAGCAGUCUGGAGGUCGCAGAACUGAAGGGUGGUGAAUUCAGUGGCUCAGGGGUGUCUAGGUCUGGGCAUAAUGCUGAAAAAAAAAAUUGUUGCCACCAGUCCAUUACAACCCAUGGCAACCCCAUGUGUGACAGUAGAACUGAGCUCCAUAGGGUCUUCUUGGCUGUAAUCUUUAUGGAAGCAGAUUGCCAGGUCUUUCUUGCGUGGUGCCACUGGGUGGGUUUGAACUAUCAGCCUUUCAGUUAGCCAAAUGCGAACCUUUUGCACCACCCAGGGACCUCAGGGGACAAUGUACCCACCUUAUUUAGGAAAGAAUAAACCCCGCUGCACAGCUUUUCCAAUUUUAAACUACAUAGUACAUACCACCUUGUUCUGUUUGAGCGACUGCCUCUAGAUCCAAGUACUGGUUCCACAUGAGCACAACUGAAUGUUCUGGGAUUCUCAUUCUUCGCAAUGUUAUCCAUAAUUUUUCUUAUGAUGCACGUAGUCAAAAACCUUUGCGUAGUUGAUAAAACAAAGGUGAACAUCUUUUUCAUGUUCUCUGUUUUCGGCUAAGAUCUAUCUGACAUCAGUAGUGAUAUCCCUUGUUCCAUGUCCUCUUCUGAAUCUGGUUUGAAUUUCUGGCAGUUCCCUGUCAAUCUAAAGGGGCAGCCAUUUUUGAAUUAUCUUCAGCAAAAUUUUGCUAGCAUGUGGUAUUAUUGAUAUUGUUCAAUAAUUUCCACACUUUGGUCCCCUUUCUUUGGAAUGGGCACAGAUACGGAUCUCUUCCAGUUGGUUGGCCAGGUAGCUGUCUUCCAAAUUUUCUUGACAUUCAUGAAUAAGCAUUUCCAGUGUUGCAUCUAUUUAUUGAAGCAUCUCAAUUGGUAUUCCAUCAAUUCCUGGCAUAUUGUUUUUCACCAAUGCCUUCAACUUGGCUGGUACUUCUUUCUUCACUACCAGUAUUUCUUGAUCUUAUGCUGCCUUCUGAGAUGGCUGAAUGUCGACCAAUUCGUUCUAGUACAGUGACUCUGUAUACCUUCCAUCUUCUUUUAAUGCUUAUAUGGGACUACUGUAUGGUUAAAUGAGUUCAUAGACUUAAAGCACUAGACAAUGCUAAGCACGUAGUGUUUAAUGAGUGUUAGGUUUUUUUUUUUAAUAUACACAGUGUAAAAUUUGCCAUUCUAACUCCUUUCAAGUGUACAGUCCAAUGGCAUUAAUCAUACUGUGUUGUGCAACUGUUACCACUAUUUGUCCCCUGAACUUUUUUCAUUACCCUAAAGAGAACCUACACAUUAAGCAAUAACUUCUGAUUCCUUCCUCACCCCAGCCCACAUUAGCCACUGAUUUAUUUUCUGUCUCUGUGUAUUUGUCUAUUCUAGAUAUUUCAUGUAAAUGGGAUCAUAUAAUAUGUGUCCUUUUGUGUCUGUAUAAUUUCAUUUAGCAUCACAGGAGUCCCUGGGUAGCGUAAAUAGCUAAGCACCCAACUACUAGCUAUAAGGUUGGUGGUUCAGACCCAUCCAGACAUGCCUCAGAAGACAGGCCUGGCAGUCUGUUUCUGAAAGGUCACGGCCUUGAAAACCCUAUGGAGCAGUUUUUUUCCGACACACAUGGGGUCGCCAUAAUUUGGAAUCGAUGACAACUACCAACAACAACAAAUGUUUUCAAGGUUCAUCCAUGUCAUAGUAUGCGUUAGAACUUCAUUCCUUUUUGGCAGAAUAACAUUCCAUAAUAUUCCGUUGUAUGUGUACAUGAGGAAACCUGAUGGUGCAGUGGUUAAGUACUCAGCUGUUAACCAAAAGAUCAGUGGUUCAAACCUACCAGACGUUCUGCAGAAGAAAGAUGUGGCAGUCUGCUUCUGUAAAGAUUUACAACUGCCCUAAGGGGCAGUUCUGCUCUGUAGUAUAGGGUCGCUAUGAGUUGAAAUUCGACUCAACAGCAAUAGGUUUUUUAAGGUUUAUGUGUAUACCAUAUUUUGUUAAUUCGUUCAUCUGUUGAUGGACACUGGGCCGUUACCAUCUUUUGAGUAUUGUGAAUAAUGCUGCAACGUUCUUGGUGUAUAUGUAUCUUUUUAAGUCCCUGCUCUCAAGUCCUUUGGGUAUAUACCUAGGAGUGGAAUUGCUGGGACAUACGGUAAUUCUACAUUUAACUUUUUGAGAUAUUGCCUACAUUGGCUGCGCUAGUUUGCAUUCCCACUAGCAACGCAAAAGGACAUUCCACAUCCUCACUUGUUCCAUUUUUUGGUAAUAUGGGUGUAAUGACUAAUGACGUUCGGCAUCUUUCAUGUGCUGAUUUGUCAUUUGUACAUCUUCUUUGGAGAAAUACCUGUUCAGGUCCUUUGCCCAUUUGUUGAUUGUGUUGUUAGUUUUUUUGUUGUAGUUGAGUUACAAGAGUUCUUUAUAUAUUCUGGGCAUUAAGCCCUGAACAGAUAUCUGAUUUCCAAAUAUCUGAUAUUCCAUCAAUUCCUAAAGCCUUGUUUUUUCACCAAUGCCUUCAGAGCAGCUUGGACUUCCUCCUUCAGUACCAUCGGUUUCUGGUCAUAUGCCAUCUCUUGAAAUGCUUGAACAUCGACUAAUUCUUUUUGGUAUAAUGACUCUGUGUAUUCCUUCCAUCUUAUUUUGAUGCUUCCUGCAUCGUUUAAUAUUUUCCCCAUGGAAUCCUUCACUAUUACAACUCCAGGCUUGAAUUUUUUCUUCAGUUCUUUCAGCUUGAGAAACGCCGAGCGUGUUCUUCCCUUCUGGUUUUCCAUCUCCAGCUCUUUGCACAUGUCAUUAUAAUACUUUACUUUGUCUUCUCGAGCUGCCCUUUGAAAUCUUCAGUUCUUUUACUUCAUCAAUUCUUCCUUUUGCUUUAGCUGCUUGACGUUCGAGAGCAAGUUUCAGAGUCUCCUCUGACAUCCAUCUUGGUCUUUUCUUUCUUUCCUGUCUUCUUAGUGACCUCUCGCUUUCUUCAUGGAUGAUGUCCUUGAUGUCAUUCCACAACUCGUCUGGUCUCUGGUCACUAGUGUUCAAUGCAUCAAAUCUAUUCUUCAGAUGGUCUCUAAAUUCAGGUGGGAUAUACUCAAGGUCAUAUUUUGGCUCUUGUGGACUUGCUCUGAUUUUCUUCAGUUUCAGCUUGAACUUGCAUAUGAGCAAUUGAUGGUCUGUUCCACAGUCAGCCCCUGGCCUUGUUCUGACUGAUGAUAUUGAGCUUUUCCAUCAUCUCUUCCACAGAUGUAGUCAAUAUGAUUUCUGUGUGUUCCAUCUGGCGAGGUCCAUGUAUAUAGUCGCUGUUUAUGUUGGCGAAAGAAGGUAUUUGCAAUGAAGUCGUUGGUCUUGCAAAAUUCUAUCAUUCGAUUUCCGGCAUUGUUUCUAUCACCAAGGCCAUAUUUUCCAACUACUGAUCCUUCUUCUUUGUUUCCAACUUUCGCAUUCCAAUCGCCAGUAAUUAUCAGUGCAUCUUGAUUGCAUGUUCAAUCGAUUUUAGACUGCAGCAGCUGAUAAAAAUCUUCUAUUUCUUCAUCUUUGGCCCUAGUGGUUGGUGCGUAAAUUUGAAUAAUAGUCAUAUUAACUGGUCUUCCUUGUAGGCAUAUGGAUAUUAUCCUAUCACUGACAGCAUUGUACUUCAGGAUAGUUCUUGAAAUGUUCUUUUUGACGAUGAAUGCAACGCCAUUCCUCUUCGAGUUGUCAUUCCCAGCAUAGUAGACUAUAUGAUUGUCCGAUUCAAAACGGCCAAUACCAGCCCAUUUCAGCCCACUGAUGCCUAGGAUAUCAAUGUUUGUGCAUGCCAUUUCUUUUUUGACGAUUUCCAAUUUUCCUAGAUUCAUGCUUUGUACAAUUCCAGGUUCCUAUUAUUGAUGGAUGUUUGCAGGUGUUUCUUCUCAUUUUGAGUCAAAAAUUUUUCUUUAAUAGAAUGACUUAAUAUAAGGGUAACAGUUCUGCCUGUGUAUAUUUAUCAAUGUGAUACAAUCACUAUUGAAAUCCAAUAAGAAAAAACAAAACAAACCUUGGAAGUGACCCUGAAGUGUAUCUGGAAGAAUGAACAUACAGUAGCUAACAGGAAACAAAAAUAAUUGGGGAAGUAACUUAUUAAGAUAUAUAAGACAUAUUAAGAUAUAUAAGAGAUAAGACAGUGGUAAUUAAAACAGAAUGCUUACUGGUUCAGGAUAGACAAACUGCAACAGAACAGAACAGAGCAUAGAGAUUACUAAAAAUAUAUGGGAGUUUGGUAAUAAAAUAAAGGCAGCAUUUCAAAUCAAUAGAUCAAUUAUUUAAUAAACUGUGUUGACACAACUGGCAGCUGUUAGAAAAAAAGUAAGACUUGAUCUUGAGCUCACUCUUACACCUAAAUAAAUUCCAGGUGGGUCAGAACUUUCUUGUGGAGGGGGAAAAAAUGAAAUCAAAGUACUAAAAGGAGUCAUGGGUGAAUACUAUUCUAAGCUUAGAGUUUUUCAAGCAUGGCAUGAAUUUAUUAAAUAUUGAUAAAUUUAACUACUUUAAAAUGGAAGUUUUGUGAUUUAUGGUUAAAAUAAAAAAAACUGGAAAAAUCUGAUAUGAAUGAAAAAUGGCUAAUUUUUCUAAUAUAUAGUGAGCUCUUACAAAUUGGUAAUAAAUAGGCAAAAAACACAAAGACACAGCAUGGAAGAAAUUAAAUGGUCAUAUAAACAGUAAAGAUGAUCAAGCUUACCAAUAAUUAAAACUGGAGAAUUUUGAACACAGAGAAAACUGAAAGGUGUAAUGAACUUGCUCAAAUCUAUCACCUAUUCCAACAAUUAACUCAUGGCAAAUUGUCUUUCCUUAAAACCCUAUGUACUCACUGCUUCUGUAUUAAGCAAAUUCCAGUUAUUCUACCAUUUCAUCUGUAAAUAUGUCGGUGUCUCUAAAAGGUAAGAACUUUUUCCCCAACAUAAUCACAAAACUAUUAUCACACCUCAAUCAAACAAAUAAAAACAGUAGUUCUUUACUAUCAUCAUAUCCAAUUAGUAUUCAAGUUGCCAAUUGCCUUCUGCUUAUCACAAUUUUUCCCCUGAGAGUGUUUGUUUGAAUCAGGAGUCAAUUACCAUCCAUGUAUUGGGAUUGAUUGAUAGGUUCCUUAAGGCUCUUUGAAUAGCAAGGUUUCUACUGCAUUUUUUUCCCCUUGGAAUUUACCGAAGAUACUAGAUUGUCUUAGGGAAUUUCCCACAGUAUGAGCUGUGCUGAUUAGGUCAGCACGUAUGAUUGUGUGCUGUGGAGUUGCUUAACAUUACUUAAUGAUUAAAAAAAAAUUUUUUUUAUUGGUUUUGGAAAAAUUCUCAACCAUUUUCUUUUCAAAUAUUGCUUUGGCUCUAUUUUUUAUUCCUUCUAGGACUCCAGUUACAUCUGUUAGAAUUUUUUGCUCAAUUCUCUAUAUCUCUUACCUUUAUUUUCUAUUUUUUGUCUCAUUUCAUUCUGGCUCUUUUCUUCUGAUCUGUAUUCUAGUUUAUUAGUUUUUCUUCAGCCAUGUCUAAUUUUUAAAAUCCACGGAAUGAUUUCUCAAUUUCAGCGGUAAUUUUUGUUCUAGAGUUUCCAUUUGGUCCUUUUAAAAGUUUUCACCCCCCUGCCCCAAUUUUCUGUUAAAAUUCUCAAUUUGUCUUUGUUUUUCUUCUAUUAAAUAUGUGCAGGAAAGAGAGAGGGAACAUGGGAACUCUAUUUUCUGCACAUCCAAAACUGCUGUAAAAAUCAACAUGUAAAAAAAGCUACUAAUUUUUUUUUGCUGGGAUAAAUUUUAUAUAAUAAAGCAUUUGUCAUGUUAACUAUUUUUAAGGGUGCCACCAGUGACAUUAAUUAUAUUAAUUAUAUUAUAGUAUAUUAUUGUAUUUAUUAUAUUCACUGUAUUUUGUAAUCAUCAGCACUGUCUUUUCCCAAAUGAUUUUCAUCUCUCUGGAGGAAGCUCAAUACCUCUUGAGUAAUAACUUUCCAUCUCUCCAGCUCCUGGCAACCACUAUAAAUGGUUGUCUCUUUGCAUUUGCCUAUUCUGGAAAUUUCGUAUAUCCAGGAUCAUACAAUAUUUUUCCUUUUGUGUGUGACUUAUUUCACUUAGCGUGUAUCAGACAAAACUUCAUUUCUCUUUAUGGCUGAAUAAUAUUCCAUUGUAUGGGUAUACCAUACUUUGUUUAUCUUAUUCAUUUGUUGAAGGGCCCUUGCUUUGUUUCCACCUUUUGCCAUUGUGAAUAAUGCCUCAAUGAAUGCUGGUAUACAAGUGUCUGUUUGAGUCCCUUCUUUCAAGUCUUUUGGGUAUGUACCUAGGAAUGGAAUUGCUGGGUCAUCAUCUGGUAAUUCUUCGUUUAACUUUUUGAGGACCUGCCAAACUUUUUCCACAACAGCUGCAGCAUUUUACAUUCCCUCCAGCAAUGGGUGAGGAUUCCCAUUUCUCUACAUUUUUGCCAACACUUGUUAUUUUCCAUUUUUCUGAUAUUAGUCCUUGUACUGGAUGUGAAGAGUCCCUGGGCAGUGCAAACGGUUAAGCACUCAACUGCUAACCAAAAGGUUGGUGGUUCAAACCCACCCAAAGGUACCUUGGAAGAAUGGCCUGGUAAUCUGCUUCCAAAAGUUCACAGUCAUGAAAACCCUGUGGAACACAGUUCUACUCUGUAAAACAUGGGGUUGCCAUGAGUCAGAAUUGACAACAUGGUUUCAUUUUAGUGGAUGUAAAGUGGUAUCUCAUAGUGGUAUGGAUUUGCAUUUCUCUAAUGGCUAGUGACGUUG